CGCACCCAACGCCCCCAACGACCGACAAACCCAACCCGUUCCAGGUUGCCAAACAGGCGAGCAACAACCUCCACGGACAGACCAGCGAGCGUCAGCAGCCCCAAAUCAUCUCACCACUCCGCAUAUCGCUGCCAGGCACUGGACGGAUCUAAAUCUGCGCCGUUUGCAUAACCUCGUGCGGACAGUAGGAAGAGAGAGAGACGGAGAGCAGCCGUCAAUCUCCCUCCCUCCGAUCAACGAAUUUAUCGCCGCAGUCGGCCGAGCCCGAAGUGCAGCAGUUUUCUUCGCCAGCUGCUCGAUUCAGAAUUCCCUACGUCCGUCGGGGCACUGCUUGCGGUCGCAUCGAGCGACGCUCGCCUUACGCUUGAUUGCUCCUUGCAUCCCAUCGACAGCCCGUCGCGGGCUUGUCAUCUCGUCUCUCGGCCUCUUCGGCCCUAUUAUCCCAGCCAGCCUCGGUCGGGAUCUGAUCGCUACUUCUCUCCCUCUGCAUCCAGCUCCAUUUGCCUGCGAACCACCGGAGUUCGCUGUCUCGAGCCGCCGGUCGAUAGCAAAGGGUGUAGGCCCGUAGCGCACGCAUCGCCGCGCCCAACAAUGGCCGCUCCUCAGAACCAGAGCAGCGACAGCCCUGCAGCCAUGCCGUCGCAUCCUGCCCUCGGAAUCCCACAACACAACACGUCCUCCCAAGUUCCCACCAUGCCGGCUGCACCACCUCUCCUCCGACCCGCCAUCCCCGGCUCGCGCCCGGGCAGGGCGGGGCCCCGUCUGGGGCUCGCCAUCCCUCCGUCUCCAAACGCAAAGCCGGUCAGCAACCCAGGCGCGCCCGCGCAGCGUCCGGCCCUACCCACCCUGCACCUCGCGACCCCCAUGGGCAGCAACGUGGUGCCACAAGAACAGACACAGCCACUCAAGCCCUCGCUGAGCCUACAGAGCGCGAGCGGCGGCAGCGAGAGCAGUGCCGCCCACAGCAGGAGCGGGAGCUUUGGGCCGCUCGACGGCCGCGCGAGCAAUCCCACAAGUGCCGGCUCCCAGUUUAGCGCGCUCUCUUUCGCGAGUCAAUUCGGGAUAGGAAGACAGACCGGUGACCCCGUGUCGGCUGUCGGAUCGCUAUAUUCCAAUGCCAGCGAGAGCAUGGACAUGGAUCGGGACGGCAGCCUGCAUGGCCUGGAAAGCUUCGACGAGGCCACCCUCGAGAAGGCGAGGACGGCUGAUGUGGAGGAUCUCGACGACGAUGGUUGGCGAAUCGUGAGCAUGGAGAAGCGGAUUAUCGAGCUCGGGAACCUAGGCGAGGGCGCUGGCGGUGCCGUGACAAAAUGCAAGUUGAGGGGCGGCAACACCGUGUUUGCUCUCAAGGUCAUAACCACGAACCCUGACCCCGAUGCCAAGAGGCAGAUUAUUCGCGAGUUGGGGUUCAAUAAGGGGUGUGCCUCGCAACACAUCUGCCGUUACUACGGCGCCUUCGUCGACCCUGCGACAGCCACCAUCUCCAUCGCCAUGGAGUUCUGCGAGGGCGGGUCGCUCGACAGCAUCUACAAGGAAGUGAAGAAGCUCGGCGGUCGCACCGGCGAGAAAGUCCUGGGCAAGAUCGCUGAAGGUGUACUCCACGGCUUGACGUACCUGCACUCCAAGAAGAUCAUCCACCGCGACAUCAAGCCGAGCAACAUCCUGCUUUGCCGCAAUGGGGAUGUGAAGCUCUGCGACUUUGGCGUGUCGGGCGAGUUCGGCACCAAGGGAGAUGCCAGCACCUUCAUCGGUACCAGCUACUACAUGGCACCGGAGCGCAUCACGGGCCAGUCGUACACCAUCACGUCCGACGUCUGGUCCACCGGCAUCACCCUCCUCGAGGUUGCCCAGCAUCGCUUCCCGUUCCCGGCCGAUGGUACGGAGAUGCAGCCUCGCGCCACUCCUCUCGACCUGUUGACCUACAUCGUCAAACAUCCGACUCCCAAGCUCAAGGACGAACCCGAGGCCAACAUUUACUGGAGUAGCAACUUCAAGUAUUUCAUCGAUUGCUGCCUUGAGAAGGAGCCGGCUCGCCGGGCCAGCCCGUGGCGAAUGCUGGAGCACCCCUGGAUGGUGGAAAUGGCCGCGAAACGCGUCAACAUGCGCCGUUAUCUGGCCCAAGUGUGGGGAUGGGACGAGAAUGAACCACAGGCUUCACAAAAGGCAUAG